GAAACGCCCAAGACCUGCAAAUAGACCGCUCUGCAGCCUGGCCCCCACUCUGCAGAGCUCUCCUCUGACACCGCAGGCCUUGUGUCCGGGCUGUGUCCCCCCAGGACUCGGCAAACCCAAGGUCACUGGAGGUCGCCUGCCCAGCUCAGCGUGCAGCGCGGGGUGGGGUGCCAUCCCCCACUGCCAGUGCCCGCCCGCUGUGGACCGUCUGCAGAGGAGAACUGCAGGGCAAGGGAACUGUGCCCUGUGGAAUCGAAGCCCCCACUGCCGUGUGCGUCCCUGGAGAAAACGUGAUGGCCGCGGAGGGAGCUUCUCGGGGGGCCCCCGGGGGGCCCCAGCGUCGGCUCUGGCUGCUGCCUCGAAGACGCCGGGGGACCUUGAGGCGCCCACAACCUGUUGAGGUGGGACGGGGUGGCACCACCCAGGACGCAGGAGCAGAUGAAAUCAUGCACCAGGACAUCACCCCGCUCUGUGCCGCUGACAUCCAAGACCAGCUGAAGAAGCGCUUUGCUUAUCUGUCUGGUGGGCGCGGGCAGGACGGCAGCCCGGUCAUCACCUUCCCAGACUACCCGGCCUUCAGCGACGUCCCCGACAAGGAGUUCCAGAAUGUCAUGACCUACCUCACCAGCAUCCCCAGCUUGCAAGAUGCUGGCAUUGGGUUCAUCCUGGUCAUAGACAGAAGGCAGGACAAAUGGACGUCGGUGAAGGCGUCGGUCCUGCGAAUAGCCGCGUCCUUCCCGGCAAACCUCCAGCUCGUCCUUGUCCUGCGCCCAGCGGGGUUUUUCCAAAGGACCCUCUCUGACCUCGCUUUCAAAUUCAACAGAGAUGACUUUAAGAUGAAGGUGCCGGUCAUAAUGCUGAGCUCAGUGCCAGAGUUACACGGUUACAUUGACAAGUCCCAACUGACUGAGGACCUGGGCGGGACCCUGGACUACUGCCACACGAGGUGGCUGUGUCACCGCACGGCGAUCGAAAGCUUCGCCCUCAUGGUCAAGCAGACUGCUCAGAUGCUGCAGUCCUUCGGGACCGAGCUGGCCGAAACGGAGCUGCCCAAUGACGUCCAGUCGACAAGCUCGGUGCUCUGCGCUCACACGGAGAAGAAGGACAAAGCGAAGGAGGACAUGAGGGCGGCCCUGGACGAGGGACAGAGCCUCCUGCAAAGCGUCAGAGAGCCCCUGGCCAAGGGCGGGGGGCGGAGCCUGAGCCAGGACCAGCUGGACAAUCAGACCACCGUGCAGAGGCUCCUGGCCCAGCUGAACGAGACCGAGGCCGCCUUCGAUGAGUUCUGGGCAAAGCACCAGCAAAAGCUCCAGCAGUGUCUGCAGCUCCGGCACUUUGAGCAGGACUUCCGAGAGGUCAAAGCCUCCUUAGACGCGCUGGCCCAGAAGAUAGCGACCUUCACGGAUGUGGGCAACAGCCUGGCACACGCAGGGCAUCUCCUGAAGGACCUCACCAGCUUCGAGGAGAAGUCCAGCGUGUCUGUAGAGCGGGCCCUCGCACUGGCCCUGGAGGGUGAGAAGCUCAUUGACAGCAGGCACUACGCUGUGGACUCCAUCCGCCCCAAAUGCCAUGAGCUCCAGCACCUGUGCAACCAGUUCGCGGCAGAGGUCGAGAGGAGGAGGGGGCUGCUCAGCAAGUCCCUGGAGCUGCACAGCCUCCUGGAGGCGUCCAUGAAGUGGUGUGAUGAGGGAAUCUACCUGCUGGCCUCACAGCCUGUGGACAAGUGUCAGUCCCAGGAGGGUGCUGAGGCGGCCCUCCAGGAAAUUGAGAAGUUUCUGGAGACUGGCGCAGAAAACAAGAUCCAAGAGCUCGACAGAAUCUACCAGGACUAUGAACCCGUCCUCACCACAGACCUGAUGGAGCACGUGCAGAAGGUCUACCAGAAGCAGGAGGGCACGGAGGAGAUGUUCCACCGGAGACAGGCCAGCCUGAAGAAGCUGGCGGCCAAGCAGACACGGCCCGUGCAGCCAGUGGCCCCCCGGCCAGAGGCACUCACAAAGUCACCCUGCCCCUCCCCAGGCAGCCGGAGAGGCUCUGAGAACAGUCCUGAGGGCAGCAUGCUCCGGAGAGGGCCCUACAGGAGGGCCAAGAGCGAAGUCACUGAGAGCCGGCAGGGCCGCGGCAGCUCCACAGGCGACGAGGAGGAGAGCCUGGCCAUCUUGCGGAGGCAUGUGAUGAAUGAGCUCUUGGACACGGAACGGGUGUACGUGGAAGAGCUGCUCUGUGUCCUGGAGGGCUAUGCCGCCGAGCUGGACAACCCGCUGAUGGCGCACCUCGUCUCACCCGGCCUCCAAAACAAGAAGGACAUUUUGUUUGGAAACAUGGAAGAGAUUUACCACUUUCACAACAGAAUAUUCCUGAGGGAGCUGGAAAACUACACUGACUGCCCAGAGCUGGUUGGAAGGUGUUUUCUGGAACGGAUGGAAGAGUUCCAGAUCUACGAGAAGUAUUGCCAGAACAAGCCUCGCUCUGAGAGCCUGUGGAGACAGUGCUCCGACUGCCCAUUUUUCCAGGAAUGCCAGAGGAAGCUGGACCACAAGCUGAGUCUCGACUCCUACCUGCUGAAGCCAGUGCAGAGAAUCACCAAGUACCAGCUGCUGCUCAAGGAGAUGCUCAAAUACAGCAAGAGCUGCGAGGGGGCUGAGGACCUGCAGGAGGCACUGAGCUCCAUCCUGGGCAUCCUCAAGGCCGUGAACGACUCCAUGCACCUGAUCGCCAUCACCGGCUAUGACGGGAACCUGAGUGACCUGGGGAGGCUGCUGAUGCAAGGCUCCUUCAGCGUGUGGACAGACCACAAGAAGGGCCACACGAAGGUGAAGGACCUGGCCAGGUUCAAGCCCAUGCAGCGGCACCUCUUCCUGCACGAGAAGGCCGUGCUCUUCUGCAAGAAGAGGGAGGAAAACGGGGAGGGCUACGAGAAGGCCCCUUCCUACAGCUACAAGCAGUCCCUGAACAUGGCGGCAGUGGGCAUAACCGAGAAUGUGAAGGGCGACGUGAGAAAGUUCGAGAUCUGGUACAACGCCCGGGAGGAGGUGUACAUCAUACAGGCACCAACGGUGGAGAUUAAAGCAGCCUGGGUGAGUGAGAUCCGCAAGGUGCUGACCAGCCAGCUGCAGGCUUGCAGAGAAGCCAGCCAGCACCGAGCACUGGAACAGUCCCAGAGCCUUCCUCUGCCCACGCCACCCAGCACCAGUCCCUCGAAAGGGAACACAAGAAACAUCAAAAAGCUGGAGGAAAGAAAAACCGACCCCCUAAGCCUGGAAGGAUACGUGAGCUCCACGCCGUUGCCGAAGCCCCCCGAGAAGGGCAGAGCUUCUCCUACCAGUCCUGGCAAAAAAGCUAAGCGACACGAAGUAAAGAGCGAUCCAACGCCUUUUGGUUUACGAGGUUGGAGCAAAACGUCUCACCCCUCAGAGGCCCCUGAGGACGACGGCUGGUCGAGUGCUGAGGAGCUGAUCAAUUCCUCGGAUGCGGAGGAGGAGGGCAGAGUGGGCCCCAGGAAGCUGGUUCCAGGGAAGUACACGGUUGUGCUGGGCGAUGAGAAGGAAAGCCCUGAAGCGCUUGCCGUGAGAAGCGGAGACGUGGUGGAGGUGGUCCAGGAGGGUGACGAGGGCCUUUGGUAUGUCAGGAACCUGACCUCCAGCAAGGAGAGCUGGGUGCCGGCCAGCAGCCUCUCCACGCUCCUCGGCACGUCAGGCUCAGCUCAGUGCCUGAGCAGCUCAGGUAAGACCCCCGUGCCGUGCUGGCUGCGACUCGAGCCCGCGGGGUCCGCGGCCUCGAGCUCGGGCGUGCAGACGCGAAGCCGCAGCCGUUCUCGCCUGGUUUUCCCGCAGAGUCCAGUGCAGGCUCCGCCCUGCUGAGCGCCUCGUCCAGCUGCAGCGAGAGCUGCGGGGCCCCCCUCUCAGACCUGCAGGGGUAGCGCCGGGCCGCGCAGGAUGGCAGCCUGCGGACCUCUAAGUGUUCCUUUGCUUGGGCUUGCUUAGUUUGGUGAGGGACGGUGCUCUAAGACCCUGGGAAAGGAGGACCCUGGCAAGACCCGGAAGAGGAGCCGCCCGCUGCCCACGAGACUUGGCGGUGCAGACACAGGGGCACGCAGAGGAAAGGUUCUGGAAGAUUCUGUCCUCCGGCCUUCACGCCAGGACCCCCCUGACAAAGGCGGAGAAGUCAGCUCCACGGGAAGAUGGCGGCACACCGAGCUUCCCCGCAGAACCAGGAUAGACGGAGGGCUGUGGGGCAGAGGAGCAAACAUGUGGCAGGUGCCACGGGGCCGUCGUCCGCCUCCACCGGGCCGCGGUGGGGAGCCCGUCCCGGCCACUCGGCUUCGGUUCCUGCCGCAUCUGGGCUGGUGCUUCCUGCAGGGAUCAGCACGUUGUGGGAGGGACCGCUUCCCAAAGAAGUGGCCAACCUACUGACCCAACAGCUUGGUGGAGGACUUUUUGAUUUUUACAAGAAAGCAGGGAUUAAUUCCAUGGCCAUUUUUUGUGGUACUUUGGCCACUAAUCUUUACCAAGAAUCACUGUGUUUACAUGAAAUGACAAUUUAAUACUGUAUUUGAUACAAAACUAUUUUCUGUUACUGGGGUUUACACUGCAGCGCGUUGUUUAUACUGCUGGAGAUUUGAGGGCUCUCUCUUGGGGACCAAAGCCCUCUCCAAGGCCGGCCUGGUCACUGGCGGUUGAAAACGCAUCCCUCGAUAAAAUCCAGCAAUGUUUCUACAAACAGGAGUAGUAGAAACCAAGGAGAGUCCUUUAUCUGUGUAGGUUAAUUUUCAAAAGAAAAUUUAAACUAUAAUUUAAAAUAUUUAGUUUCUUUUCUACAAAAAUGGGGAACUUGAUUUUUUUAACUAGCUUCACUGAAUUAGGAUUUUUUAUCGUUUUUAAAGAAUACAUAAAGAUGCAGUUUCCGCGGGGUACCACCUGAACCGGUGCCCACACAGGGCUCAGUGAAAGCUCCAGCCCUGGCACCUGUGCCGGCCUCCGCUGCUGCCUCCCAGGCUCGGGCAAGUCCCCCUGAACUCAGAAACGUAAAGGUUACAGAGCUCAUCACUGAAAUCGAGGCAGAACUGGAAAGAAAACUCUUCUGGUUUACCUUUUUGUGUUUCUCAAACAAACUCUGUUCUCCGGAAACACUUUGUGUAUCUGGUGGGGGCGGAUCUCUUUCUACGUGUGCUUACGUGGAUGUGUGUGCAUUGGUGUCCCGUGUUAGGGACGCACGCGGCCUCCGCGAUGCUGGAAACCGUCACUUUACUGCCCUCCCUGAGUCCCGGGCCCACCGCAGCCUGCUCCUGGCCACACGCGAGCCCCCACCCUGGCCGCCCCUGCGGUGCGUUAGAGAAAACAGCCGUGCAAGACUCAGCAGCUUUCCUCAGUGCCCCCCGAUUUACUCAGUGCGCUGACUGUGCAGAGACCGCCCCAGCCGCCUCGCCCAACACUCCCCCCCCCCCCCACCAUUGUAAUCUCUUCCUCAUAAAGGCACUUUAAAACCUCGUGUUUCAGUCAUUGCUUUUUGUUUGGUUUGGGGUCUUUUUUUUUUUUAUUGCUGAUGUAAAUGAAAUUUAAAAAAAUCAGAGUUCUUUAUUGUAUGGAUGGAGUUUGAAUAAAUAUCAGCCCCUCUUGCUGUCUGCCUUCAUCUGUAAAAAGCCCAGAAUUCUGCUCAUCGCGCUCAGCUACACGCAGCACUGCAAGCGCCGUUACAGGGGAGGCAGGUGGCAAGCAGGA